UCCAUUAAAAACACUCAAAUACAAAAAUGAACAGAUCCGGUUAAAUUUCACUAAGGCUAAGGGUAAAAAAAAAAAAGCAGCCCCAAUCACAAUGGCAAAAUUGUGAUUUUUUUGGCAAUUUAAAGAAGUAAAAUAAUCUUGUAUGUGUAUGAGAGUACAUGCAAGAGGGGCAACCCUAUCAUUUGAAUGAAGUGUAGACAGAAAAUACCUAAUAUGGAGUGACAAUAAAGAGACCCAUCUAUCUACAAAUUCUAUUUGUUCAAUAGACCUUUGUCAAUGCAAAUACAAUGUAAUUAGAUAUAAAAAGGAAAUAAAAUAGGGACUUUUGUUGGAUUGGCACGACAUAAAUGCAGCAAAAAAAAAAUAGGACUAAGAAAGAGGCAAAUUGUGUCUAAAUAAUUAAGGGGUACUAAGGACCCUCUCCUACUUUUUAUUCAUUUAGUUCUUCAAUUAACUCAAAGUUCUUUCUUUAUCUUUAAAGAAUUCUGCCUUCCUUAAAAUAUCAUAAACUGUUCUUGUAGGUUGAGCACCCUUUUCAAGGAAAUAGAGAAUAGCUGGAACAUUUAAACAAGUUUGAUUCUUUAUCGGAUCAUAAAAACCUACUUUUCGAAGAUCUCUUCCUUCUCUUCGAGAUCGAACAUCAAUUGCAACGAUUCGAUAGAUAGCUUAUUGGGAUAGAUGUAGAUAAAACAACCCCCCCCCUAGAAACGUAUAGGAGGUUUUCUCCUCAUACGGCUCGAGAAAAUGAUUCGAAUUUCUGUCUAUAAUGCAAUCUGUCUAUAAUGCAAAUAGAUAGAAAUUCGAUUAUGACUUGCAUUAAUUUCCUUAAAGAAAAGAAAAAACAAAUUUCAUUUAUACUCAUGACUCAAGUUGGCUAAUUUUUACUGACAAACUUCAAAAGAAAAACCCUUCGAAAUUUUUUGAGUCGUCUCUAAACUCUUUUCUUUAUCUCAUCUCGAACAAAUUGACUUUUAUUCCUUAUUCAGAUCUAAUUCUAUUGUUGAGACGGUUGAAAAUCGUGUUUACUUGUUCCGGAAUCCUUUAUCUUUGAUUUGUGAAAUCCUUGGGUUUAGACAUUACUUCGGGAACUCCUAUUCUUUUUUCUUUCAAAAGAGUAGCAACAUACCCUUUCUUUUUUCUUAUUUCCUUCGAUAAAGCAUUUCACUCUUCUAUAGAAAUCAAAUAUGAACAAUUGAUUCAGAUAGACUUUUCAUCAAAAAAGUUUUUCCAAUCUUCCAAAAUUAGACUUUUUCUUAUUUUAACCUUUUGAUUUCUAUAUUAAGGAUAGACUGACAAAGUUGGCCUAAUUUAUUAGUUUUCACUAACCCUAGAUUCUUUCCCUUGAUCAAAAAGAAAUUCUGUCCUCUCGAGCUCCAUCGUGUACUAUUUACUUUACUUACAAACAACCCAGCGAAAAUUCGGUUCGGGACGAAUAGAACAGACUAUGUCGAGCCAAGAGCAUUUUCAUUACUAUGGAAAAUGAUGGAUAGGCAAAUCCACAAUCGAUCAUGUCCUUCAAGUCGCACGUUGCUUUCUACCACAUCGUUUUAAACGAAGUUUUACCAUAACAUUCCUCUAAUUUCAUUGCAAAAUGGUAUCGAGAAUUGAUCCAAUAUGGAUGGAAUCAUGAAUAGUCAUUGCUUUUGUAUACUAAUUCAAACCUGCUAUCUAUGGAGAAAAUUGGAUAAAAGAAAUAAGUAUUUAUCGGGGAACACUCUGCAAAGAUACAAUUUAUUUAAACCCAUAUUCUAUCAUAUGAAUGAAACAUAGUUCGAAAAAGAGGAAUAAAAUAGUUUACUUAAGACUUAUUUAUUAUUAUUAUUGAAUUUCCAUUUUCAACAGAGAACUCAAGAUGAUUAAUCCUGAAAUGAGAAGGAUCCACUCUUUCCCAACAAAUAAACUAUCAACCUCAAAAAAAGUGGAAUUAAUUUAAUGAAUUAAUCUAUUUUUCUGUAACAAAAACAAUUAACUAUAUAAACAAAUAAGCUAUGCCAAUGAAAAGAUUGGUCGUUUUUGAGUAGUUCUAAAAUUCUCAUACUUCUUCGACUCGAAUAACAAAAGAAAGAACUCAAAAUAAAAAAUAAGAAAAGUACGAUUUUUUCGAAUCCAUUCUAUCCAACGAACAGUUCUUACCUUAACCUUACCGAAAUGGAUCAUUCUGGAUAUUUAAAGAAUCACAGAUCGAGAUCGUUUUCGCUUAACCAAAGAAAAGAAGGACGCUUCUUUUUUACUAAUAAUACAAGAAAACAAAUAAUACAACAAAAAUCUAUCUCUAUCAUAAAGGGAUAGGUCUCAUUUUCUAUACAGUGUUUUACCUCAUUAAUUUUUUUUUUUUUUACUUACUUUAGUUCUUUAGUUUUGGGAAAAUAAAUAGGGGGUACUUCUUUUCUUUCAUAUUGGGUGUCAAAUGGAUCCUGUAAGAAUUCCCACUUCAUAGAUACGGGGUAUAAAGUUUAUCCAAAAAGUUCCAAUUUCAAAACACAUAUUCAAAACACAUAUGAGUAAUGAGUAGUAGGGGCAUAUCCUGAAUGUGCCUGAUAGACAAAAAUUUUUCAUGAAAAUAAAGAUAUUAAAUUUGACUGGACUUGACACUUUAUUUUUUGUUUUCUGAGAAAGAAAAAAAUGCUUAGAAAUGCAUCUAAUCUACGAGUUCAUAAGAGAUAAUUAUUCUCUUUAAUAAACUUUUGUGUCGUGCAGGGCACAAUACGAUUCUAUCUUUCGCUUCAUCAGAAAAAAUCUGGGACGAAAGGAUUCGAACCUCCGAGUAACGGGACCAAAACCCGCUGCCUUACCACUUGGCCACGCCCCAUGUCAUUUCGUUUUAUGAAACACUAAUAAACACUAUUAUUUUUAUAUAUUAUUCGUCAAUCCCACUUCAAUUACCUAAAAAAUGAGGGAUAUUUUCUUGCUAGGAUUCUAGACAUGCAGAUAAUAUAGAAUCCAAAAAAUGCAUUGAUCAUUACAUGGAAUUCUAUUAAGAUAUUAUAUGAAAGUCGAAUUUCUUCCAUUCUCAUUUGAGAAUGCGAAUACAAGGAGGUAUUUUGUGUUUGGGAAAGUCCGAAGAAAAAAGGAUUUGGAAUCUACCUUUUCUUUUGCUUUUUCCCUUAUAAAAAUAACUCAAUCAAAAUCCAAUUAUCUACUCUACAAGAAUGAAAUGCUUGUUAUGCCUAAUAUACUUAGUUUAACCUGUAUCUGUUUUAAUUCUGUUCUUUGUCCGACUAGCUUUUUCUUCGCCAAAUUACCCGAAGCUUAUGCCAUUUUCAACCCAAUCGUGGAUGUUAUGCCUGUCAUACCUGUACUCUUUUUUCUAUUAGCGUUUGUUUGGCAAGCUGCUGUAAGUUUUCGAUGAAAUCUUUACUAUUCUGCCUGCCAAAUUGAAUGAUGUAUUCAUUCCAAAAAAAAAAAUGGAUAAGAGCCGAGAAGUCUUAUAUUAUGAACCUUCGAUUCUAAAAUGAAAAUUCUUCUACAUUGAAUGUAUAGCUGCAGCAAUAAAUUUUGAUCAGCCUUUCUACCCCCUGCGCCUACGUUGAACAGGUACCUUUAGGUACCCACACAAUACCUAAACUAAUUUUUGAUAUUGAUAAGAGUGCUUAUUAUAAAGCAAUUCUUGCAAUUUUUUUAAGAAUUGAUUUUUGCAUUUUUAGGUGUCAAAAUAAAGAAAACCCAUCCUAGUGGAUCCGUGUGGUAAGGAAAAAUGGGUAAUCUAUUCCUUAACAAAAAAAAUUUUGGAGAUUAUGUAAUGCUUACUCUCAAACUUUUUGUUUAUACAGUAGUGAUAUUCUUUGUUUCCCUCUUUAUCUUUGGAUUCUUAUCUAAUGACCCAGGACGUAAUCCUGGGCGUGAGGAGUAAAAAUCAAAAAUUUUUGGAAUUUUUCUUAUAAAUUUAAAUUGGAUUUAUUUCGUACAUUUAUUUAUGAGAAAAUCCGGGGGUCAGAAUUCCUUACAAUUCGAAAGUCCCAAAUGAUCCGAGGGGGCGGAAAGAGAGGGAUUCGAACCCUCGGUACAAAAAAUUGUACAACGGAUUAGCAAUCCGCCGCUUUAGUCCACUCAGCCAUCUCUCCCCGUUCCAAAUCGAAAGGUUUUCAUGAUAUGGCAGAGGCAAGAAAUAACGAUUGUCAAAAAUCCUUCCUUUUUCUUUCAUUUCAAAAGUGCAUAAAAAUUAUAUUGCCAAUUCCAUUUUAAUUAUAUUCUUUUUUCUUAAUGUUAAUAAAAAAAGAAGAAAAUUCUGGUUUUUUCUUUCCAAAAUUCGAUAUAGGCUGAAAGACAAUCAGAUCUUUUUUCUCUUCAGCGGGCAGUUCCAUAUAGAAUUUGUUAGAAUAAAACAAGCGGGUUAAAAAAAAAAACUCUUUUUUUUUAUUUAUCCACAAAGCAAAAAAGGUUCUUAUCAAACCCACAAUAAAAUGGGAAAGAAAGAUAAAGUAAGUAGACCUGACCCCUUGAAUAAUGCCUCUAUCUGCUAUUCUGAUAUAUAAAUUCGAUGUGGAUGAAAUUGGUGUAUAAGCGCAUUUUUGUAUUUCCUUAGACUUAGAUCGCGCAAGGCAAGAAUUUUUCGCUAUUUACGAUUUCAUAUUCUUGUUACUAGACGUUCUAUAGGAAUAAGAAGAAAUCGCAACUCUUUUCCGUUACACAUAAUAAAUAAAGGGUUUCAAAAGUCAAUUUUUCUUUUCAAUAUCUUUCUUUUUUUUUUCAGAAUUCCAUUUUUGUUCUUCCACCCAUGCAAUAGAGAGCGAAUGAGAAAAGAGGGGUUUUCCCUUAAAAAAUGGGCUUUGAAAUAGAAAUCAUGGAAUAAUGCUGAAUUCAAAUGUUUAUUUCUUUAUUUCUUUUCUAUAGUAUAAGAAAAAUGAAUUAAAUGAAAUUUGUGGAUUUAGCACGACCUGGGUUGUGACCCCAUAGAUAAAAAUGCAAAAUUUCUAUCUUCGAGACGACUGAAAAAGGGCAUUGAACGAGAAAGAAAUCGUCCACAGAUAAUCAAACUAUCGUAUGCCCUGGAAGUAAUAUGAGGUGCUCGAAAAUGGUUGAAGUAAUUGAAUAGGAGGAUCACUAUGACUAUAGCCGUUGGUAGAGUUACUAAAGAAGAAAACGAUCUAUUUGAUAUUAUGGACGACUGGUUACGAAGGGACCGUUUCGUUUUUGUAGGAUGGUCCGGCUUAUUGCUCUUUCCUUGUGCUUAUUUCGCUUUAGGGGGUUGGUUUACAGGGACUACUUUUGUAACUUCUUGGUAUACCCAUGGAUUGGCUAGUUCCUAUUUGGAAGGUUGCAAUUUCUUAACCGCGGCGGUUUCCACACCUGCCAAUAGUUUAGCACACUCUUUGUUGCUACUAUGGGGACCGGAAGCACAGGGAGAUUUUACUCGUUGGUGUCAAUUAGGUGGUCUUUGGACUUUUGUCGCUCUCCAUGGAGCUUUUGCACUAAUAGGUUUCAUGCUACGUCAAUUUGAACUUGCUCGGUCUGUUCAAUUGCGGCCUUAUAAUGCAAUUUCAUUCUCUGGUCCAAUCGCUGUUUUUGUUUCCGUAUUCCUUAUUUAUCCACUGGGACAAUCUGGUUGGUUCUUUGCGCCGAGUUUUGGCGUAGCAGCUAUAUUUCGGUUCAUCCUUUUCUUCCAAGGAUUUCAUAAUUGGACGUUGAACCCAUUUCAUAUGAUGGGAGUUGCCGGAGUAUUAGGCGCAGCUCUGCUAUGCGCUAUCCACGGGGCUACCGUAGAAAACACUCUAUUCGAAGAUGGCGAUGGUGCAAAUACCUUCCGUGCUUUUAACCCAACUCAAGCUGAAGAAACUUAUUCAAUGGUCACUGCUAACCGCUUUUGGUCCCAAAUCUUUGGUGUUGCUUUUUCCAAUAAACGUUGGUUACAUUUCUUUAUGCUAUUUGUACCCGUCACCGGUUUAUGGAUGAGUGCUAUUGGCGUAGUUGGUCUGGCUCUGAACCUACGUGCCUAUGACUUCGUUUCCCAGGAAAUCCGUGCAGCGGAAGAUCCUGAAUUUGAGACUUUCUACACCAAAAAUAUUCUUUUAAACGAGGGUAUUCGUGCGUGGAUGGCAGCUCAGGAUCAGCCUCAUGAAAAUCUUAUAUUCCCUGAGGAGGUUCUACCACGUGGAAACGCUCUUUAAUGGAACUUUCGUUUUAGCUGGUCGUGACCAAGAAACCACCGGCUUUGCUUGGUGGGCUGGGAAUGCCAGACUUAUCAAUUUGUCCGGUAAACUACUUGGAGCUCAUGUAGCCCAUGCCGGAUUAAUCGUAUUCUGGGCCGGAGCAAUGAACCUAUUUGAAGUGGCCCAUUUCGUACCAGAAAAGCCCAUGUAUGAACAAGGGUUGAUUUUACUUCCGCACUUAGCUACUCUAGGUUGGGGAGUAGGGCCGGGGGGAGAAGUUCUAGAUACUUUUCCUUACUUUGUAUCCGGAGUACUUCACUUAAUUUCCUCCGCAGUCUUAGGCUUCGGUGGCAUUUAUCACGCGCUUCUGGGACCCGAGACUCUUGAAGAAUCUUUUCCAUUCUUUGGUUAUGUAUGGAAAGAUAGAAAUAAAAUGACUACAAUUUUGGGUAUUCACUUAAUUUUGUUAGGUCUAGGUGCUUUUCUUCUAGUACUCAAGGCUCUUUAUUUUGGCGGCGUAUAUGAUACCUGGGCCCCCGGGGGGGGGGAUGUAAGAAAAAUUACCAAUUUGACCCUUAGCCCCGGUGUUAUAUUUGGUUAUUUACUAAAAUCCCCUUUUGGGGGAGAAGGAUGGAUUGUUAGUGUGGAUGAUUUAGAAGAUAUAAUUGGGGGACAUGUAUGGUUGGGUUCCAUUUGUGUACUUGGCGGAAUUUGGCAUAUCUUAACCAAACCCUUUGCAUGGGCUCGCCGUGCAUUUGUAUGGUCUGGCGAAGCUUACUUGUCUUAUAGUUUAGGUGCUUUAUCUGUUUUUGGUUUUAUCGCUUGUUGUUUUGUCUGGUUCAAUAAUACGGCUUAUCCAAGUGAGUUUUACGGGCCCACUGGACCAGAAGCUUCUCAAGCUCAAGCAUUUACUUUUCUAGUUAGAGACCAGCGUCUUGGAGCUAAUGUAGGGUCUGCCCAAGGACCGACGGGUUUAGGUAAAUAUCUAAUGCGUUCCCCAACGGGAGAGGUUAUUUUUGGAGGGGAAACUAUGCGUUUUUGGGACCUUCGUGCUCCGUGGUUAGAACCUCUAAGGGGCCCCAACGGUUUGGACUUGAGUAGGUUGAAAAAAGACAUCCAACCUUGGCAAGAACGACGUUCAGCAGAAUAUAUGACCCAUGCUCCUUUAGGCUCUUUAAAUUCCGUGGGUGGCGUAGCUACCGAGAUCAAUGCUGUUAAUUAUGUCUCCCCUAGAAGUUGGUUAGCGACCUCCCAUUUUGUUCUAGGAUUCUUCUUUUUUGUGGGCCAUUUGUGGCAUGCAGGAAGAGCCCGAGCUGCUGCAGCAGGCUUUGAAAAGGGAAUUGAUCGCGAUUUGGAACCUGUUCUUUACAUGACCCCUCUUAACUAAGAUUUUUUAUUUAUACCUGUUCUAGUUUUUUUCUGUUCUGGCUCGGUUAUUCCAUCUAGCCGAGCCAUUCAUGCUUUUUUAUGAAAGAAUGAUAUAAGGGGGGCUGCACAAAGAAAAACAUAGAUAGAAAGAAGCAAAUGUAUUCAAUAUACAAAAGGAGAGAGAGGGAUUCGAACCCUCGAUAGUUCCUAGAACUAUACCGGUUUUCAAGACCGGAGCUAUCAACCACUCAGCCAUCUCUCCACAGCCCAAUCCCUAUUUUAUUCCUACAAAUAGAACAUAGCUAUAUGAAAUGAUCUACUAACUCAUCUCAGAUGCAAGUCCACUUUCAAUAUAUCUCUGUAUAAAGCGGUAAGGAAAAAGUUUUAAUAAAAGAAGAAUCAAUGGAUUCAUGAUUAAACCCCUCCUACUUCUUGUAUUUUCAUACAAUUUUGAUUAAGUGAGGGAUCAAAUAGAAAUAUGUAGUCAACUUUAUUUGAAGGUAGUUUGGAGGAUUAUAAAUAUGAAUAUUGCUUUCCAAUUAGCUGUUUUUGCAUUAAUUGCGACUUCCUCAGUUUUAGUAAUUAGUGUACCCCUUGUAUUUGCUUCUCCUGAUGGUUGGUCAAAUAAUAAAAACGUUGUAUUUUCCGGUACAUCAUUAUGGAUUGGAUUAGUCUUUCUGGUAGCUAUUCUGAAUUCUCUUAUUUCUUGAAUUUGUUUAGUAUUUAGUAACCCGAUACAAAA